AUGUCUAUUGAAUUCGCUAAUUUAACUACUGUUAGUUGUCAAAGAUUCAAAUGCUCCGGUCGUGGUCUUAUAUUACCGUUCGGUAUUGAAGCAUGUAUGUCAAUACAGUUGCGAGCAGUGCUUUAUUUUCUAUUUUUACUUUAUCUUUUCCUUGGUAUUGCUAUUAUUGCUGAUGUAUUUAUGUCAGCAAUUCAAACAAUAACAGAAAGAAAACAAAAAAUAAAAUAUCCAAAUCCAGAACAUAAAGAUAAAUAUUUAACUAUUGAAGUUCCAAUAUGGAAUGCUACAGUUGCUAAUUUAACAUUAAUGGCACUUGGUUCAAGUUCACCAGAAAUUCUUUUAUCAAUUAUUGAAAUUGUUGGAAAUCGUUUUGAAGCAGGCGAACUUGGACCUGGAACGAUUGUCGGUUCUGCUGCUUACAAUCUUUUAAUGAUCUCUGCUUUAUGUAUCGCAUCAAUAAAAGCUCCUGAUACAAGAAGGAUAGAAUUAUAUAAUGUUUUUAUGGUCACAUCAUUUUUUGGUUUCUUUGCAUACAUAUGGAUGUUCAUUGUUUUAUCAGUUAUAUCAAAAGAUGUUGUUGAUCUUUGGGAAGCUGUCAUUACAUUUCUUAUGUUUCCGCUGGUUGUUAUAUUAGCUUAUCUGGCUGAAAAGAAUUUUUUUGCUUCAAAAAAAAUUGACAUGGAAGAAGAAGAAAAAAAACUUAUAUUAAAACCACCUGAAGUAGAUGCAACUGGUAGUCCACGUAAUUUUCGUCGAGAUGAACUUCUUCAAUUUUUACGUGAUCUUGGUCAAGCUUCAAGUUUAUCAUUAGAAGAUAAAGCACAAUUAUUUGCAGCUAAAUUAACUGAAACUAUGCCUCGAUCACGUAUGCAAUAUCGAAUAGAAGGUGCAAGAAUGCUUACUGGUGGUAAAUCUUUAUUUAUCAAUUUACCUGAGAAACUUCAAGAGAUAUAUAACACAUUGGAACGACAAAAUUCAAUCGAGAAUGAACAAAAACCACGAAUAUUAGAAGAAAUUGAACAAAUACCAACAAUUGAAUUUACUGCUACGGCAUAUGCUCUUAUGGAAAAUGAACAAAGAAUUGAUGUUAUAGUUAAACGAACUGGUCCGAUUAAUGUAUAUCAACGAGCUAUCAAACAGCAGCCAUUUGAUGGAAAUAUUUCGCCUGACCAUCAAUCUGAGAGUCGAAAAGGAGCAUUAUCAAGACUUGAUAUUGAUGAGGAUCCACAAAUGGCUAUACUUGAGUUUGCUUCAUCCAGCUAUGCUGUACUUGAACGCGAACAGCGUGUAACUGUUGAAGUCGUCAGAUACGGUUUUGCUAAUUCUGUCGUUCAUUUUCGACUUGAUACAAUUGAUGGUACAGCAACAGCUGGUGAAGAUUAUAUUAAAUUAUCUGAAGAAUUUAAAAUGGAACCUGGUCAACAAGAGAAAAAAAUAACGAUUAAUGUUAUUGAUGAUAAUCAAUGGGAACCAGAUGAAACAUUUUUUGUUAAAUUAUCAAUACCAGAUGGUGAAGAAACUCAUACAAAAUUAGGUUCAAAAACCGUUGCACUUGUUACCAUUAUUAAUGACGAUGAACCUGGUUUUCUUGAAUUCGAAGAGGCAAUUGUUUUAGUUAAAGAAAGUGUUGGAAAAGCAGAAAUAAAAGUUGUACGUGUUAAUGGUGCCGAUGGACGAGUUACUAUUCAUUAUCGAACAGAAGAUAUGGAUGCUAAAGCACCAAAAGAUUACGAACGUGUUGACAGUGAAUUAAUAUUUGAACAUGGCGAAAUAUCAAAAGUUAUAUCUAUACCAAUUAUAAAUGAUCUUGAAGUUGAAAAAGAUGAAAGUUUUGCUGUUGAAUUAUAUAAUCCAACAGGUGGUGCACAAAUAGGAAAACAUGGAAAAACAGUUAUAACAAUUAUAAAUGAUGAUGAUUAUAAAACAAUAGCAAAUAAAUUAGCAUCACUUGUUCAAAUUGAUCUUGAUCAAUUAAGUGUAACAAAAACAACAUGGGGACAAAGAUUUUAUCAAGCUAUGAAUGUUAAUGGUGGUGAUUUAGCAAAUGCAACAUUUGGUAGUUAUAUUGGUCAUUCAUUAUCAUUUUUUUGGAAAGUUCUCUUUGCAUUUGUACCACCAACAUCAAUAGCUGGUGGUUGGUUAACAUUUUUUAUUUCACUUGUUUUUAUUGCUAUACUUACGGCUAUUGUUGGUGAUGUUGCGGCUAUAUUUGGUUGUCUUGUUGGUUUAAAAGAUAGUAUAACAGCUAUAUCAUUUGUUGCACUUGGUACAUCAUUACCUGAUACAUUUGCAUCAAUGAUUGCAGCAAAAACAUCUAGGACAGCUGAUGAUGCUAUUGGAAAUGUUACAGGUUCGAAUAGUGUUAAUGUAUUUCUUGGUCUUGGUCUACCUUGGCUUGUUGCUGCUAUUUAUUGGGAGUCGAAAAAUCUUCCAUUUACGGUUAAAGCAGGCGAUUUAUCAUUCAGUGUCCUCGUGUUUUCUGUUUGUUGUAUUAUUUGUAUGACCGUACUGAUACUUCGUCGAUAUUUGGGAUUUUUUGGCAAAGCAGAAUUAGGUGGACCAACAAUACCUAAAUAUAUAUGUUCUAUCUUUUUCGUACUUCUUUGGGUUGGUUAUUUAACAUUAUCAGGCCUUCAAGCAUAUGGACAUAUUAAAUGGCAAAGUUAA